AUAAUCUCACUCCAUACACUACAUAUGAAAUAACCGUGGCUGCUGGUAAUCAAAAUGGUUUUGGUGAGGAGAUUAUUACAUCCUUCUUCACAUCCGAAAAUGGUGAGUAUUAAAAGAUCAAUUGAUUUUAAAGUGUUGUAUCACAUCACAUAGACCGUGCGUUAUUCACAACUGUUAAUGAAUUGAAGGCAAUAUUGUGCUGAAAACAUUUUAAAAUGGUGAUGUAUUUUGGUCGCUUUCCAGUUGCUUACUUUUCGAAAACAUGUUGCCUUCUAUUUCAUUUAUAAAGAAACUUUCUUCGAACAUCAAAUAAAUACCUAUCUAUAAACAAAUAUAUUUCACUUGCUACUAUGGUUUAAGUAAAUAAAUACAAUCAAAAGUUUCGAUACUCCAGGCUAGUGUCUUUACAACAGGAGUGAUAAAAAAAAGUUACCACGUGGCUCAUUGUAUUUUAUUUUACCUCAGAUUUAAUAAUUUAAAUACAAACCUCGGUUUUAUUCUUCAGCUCCAAGUGGUCCUCCAUUGAACAUCAGAAGCACAUCAAGAAGUACAUCAUCAUUCUCUUUAACCUGGGAUCCUCCUGAGAAAGAAAAACAAAAUGGCGUCAUCAUCAGUUAUACAGCGUGUGUUUCACAUUCCGAAAAUGGUUCCUGCUUUAGGACAUAUAUCACAAGUGAAAGAAAGUGGCUCGUCAGCAAUUUGAAUGUAUCAACAAAGUAUUAUGUUCGUGUUCGUGCCAGUAAUAAAGCAGGAAGUAGUAUUUACAGUGGAAGUGAAGGAUUUUUUACAAAUGGAAGUAAGUAUAACAUGUAUAUUUGGAUGUUGUCUGUGGUGAAGAAAACUGUUCAGAAUUUGAUGUUUGCCUCCUUUUAUGCUGUUCAAAAACCCUACACAAAUCUUCGUUAUGGCAAUACAUUUUACUCAUUAAUACUUUCACAUUUUCCUCCAGGAGCAGCAAAGAAGGCCACAGAUGUGACAUCAAGCACACUUACAUUUUCGUUCGAAAUUCCAUCAAAAACGUUUCUGUAAGUUUAUCGACUCUCGACUAAUAAAAUUUAGCUUCCGUGGUCGCCGUUGUAAUUUAUUUGUAAUAUAUAUAUAGAUUUCUUUUCUUUGUGUACUGUAUGCAAAUCAAUUUUAAUUUUCAUUGCAGACGUAAUUAAGUCGAUAUUCUGUUACAUCGGCAACAUUGAGAUAAUCGCCAUCGUCAGGGCCAAAUGCAAACUGAGCUUCCAUUAGAUUACUCUUAGAUAUCAGGUAGCUAUUUGGAUCUAUUGUUAACGGUUGUUACAUUGAAGUAAGAAGGUAAAAUUUUGUUUGUAGUUAUUUCUACGUAGUGGCGUUAAAUCUAAAAGAUGGCAAGGAACCUGCAUCAUCUGACAGUUACCAGAACAGUGAGUUAGUGACGUAUUCCGAGGCAAGAAAAUCAACCAAUCCAAAACCUUAUAUCGCUGCAGUUGUUACAUCCAGCACUGAUAUUAAUAACAUGUUUAUACUUGGUGAUGGCAAAAAUACAAGUGAUCCAACAUCACGAAGACGCAGGUCAACAACAAGUGAUUAUUAUAAUGGUCCAUUGGAGCCUGGCACUAGUUAUAGUGUUUUUCAAAGGAUUUUUACCAAUGAAAAAGUAUGGUAUUUGUUGGUUAUCUCACUUUAAAAUUUAACGUUCCCGUUUCUAAUUUCUCAAAAAUGAAAUCUUCUGACAUUAGCCAGGAUAAUAUACUUAAACUACCCAAGCACUCUAAGCAGAAACGUUUACAAUAAUUUUCACAUAGAUUGCCCUAACAUAGAUGGAAUAAAAAUCAGCCCACAUAACUCGGAGAACACGUGAUGAACUCAUUCGAAUAUCUAUGACUAAACAGAUAAAAAGUAGCUUAUAACCCUUUCUACUAUAGAAUGAAUAUUUCUCCACAAACUGGACUCCUGCUUCAAAAACAAACGAAUAUACAGGUAAAUACCGAGAAACAAUUUAACUGUAUUCAUAUAUAAUUUAUAAUUAGGUAGUAAAAUCACGAGUAAAGGUUGGUCCUGACUAAAUCCAUCAUUCAUAGAAAAUAAUGGUAGCACAUUUCUACGAUAAAAAAUCUAUUUUCUGUUUCCUAGGUGGCCCUCGUGUACUGACCAACAUGUCCAGUGGUGACAUAAAGGCAAAGGAAGGUGAUCUUGUCAACCUACUAUGUUCUGCUCAAGGUGAACCUCCAAUUACUUUCAGCUGGGAAAAAGACCAGAAGCCACUAGACAGUAUCGUAGAAAUAGAAAUAGAAAAGCCCCACCGCAGUUCUUUUCUUGUUGUAACAGUGAAAGACCAAACAAGUUUUGGGCAAUAUAUUUGUCAUAUCCGAGACCGAUUUCAAAGCACUACUCAUACAAUUUCGAUCCAAAAAGAUACAG